AAACAUGCCUGAGGCCCAACACACCCCGAUUUCAUAGACUGCGGUCAAAUAAUCGUGAUGUCACUGUGCUUCUGGAUUUGGCUGAAGAAGAUGGCGGCGGCCUCAGGAGUUAAAGUUCCACGUAAUUUUCGCUUGUUGGAAGAGCUUGAAGAGGGUCAGAAAGGUGUUGGAGAUGGGACAGUCAGCUGGGGCCUUGAAGACGAUGAAGAUAUAAUGCUAACGCGGUGGACGGGCAUGAUCAUCGGACCGGCACGAGUAAGUGUGACUGCAGCAGGAACUAAUUAUGAAAACAGGAUAUACAGUCUGAAAGUGGAAUGUGGUCCAAAAUAUCCUGAAUCACCACCGAUCGUUAGAUUUGUAACAAAAAUUUGCAUGAAUGGGAUAAAUAAUUCCAAUGGGAUGGUGGAUACACGAAGCAUACCAAUUCUAUCUAAAUGGCAAAAUUCUUAUAGCAUUAAAGUUGUUCUUCAAGAGUUAAGGCGUCUAAUGAUGUCCAAGGAGAAUAUGAAGCUUCCACAACCACCAGAAGGACAAACCUACAGCAAUUAAUUGUUCACUGAUUAUUUACUUUUGACACCUAUUGUCUUAAACCUUAUUCUCUUAUAAAAUAUUCCCUCCACCAUUCCAAGAAUUUAGACUUGAGAGCAAGGUUGGAUAUUCCUAAAAUUGGACAUUCCUUCUAGUUAGCUCAUUCUAGAAUGUUCCCACAGUGAAAUUAUGUUUUUAAGAACACAGGUGAACAGUUAUUUCUCUUCUAUUGAAGUUAGUGUUACCAUUCACUUUCUGAUCAAGAGAUGUAUCAAGUUGGCUUCCCAAGAGAAGCAUGGCACCAAGUGGAUACCCAAGUUAAACAAUUUAUCUUUCGAAUGGCAGGUCACUGAAAUGAAGAAUUGAGAUGUGUGUAUGAUGGCAUGCUCCAAAUAAGAAAGACACACGUUGUAAUUUGUAGGUACAUUGAAAUAUUAUGAAGAUUAACAUGUGGCUGUAGGCCAGAAGUAGUGUCACCGGGUGUGAAGGAUUUGUUUUAUAUUUUUUAUUUUACACAAUGCCAAUGUUUCUGUUCUGCAGCUUUUUGACUUGUAACAGGACCUUAAAGCCUGUUUGGUUCUGAAAAAAUACCCCUUGCAUUUAACUUUUAGUGAAAAUGACAAGUGUAUGACAUUGAUUUUUCUGACAUUAAAAUCACUAUAUGAAAAAUGUU